AUGGGGGAACAAUCUCAGAAACCCCAGGAGUCCUCGCUCCACCCAAUCAAAGAACGAGAUGGGAGUCCCAACUCUGAUUCUUCAUCGGACACAUUACGACAAUCCCCACAGCCUUUUGCGGCACAAUUACCAGAACAACAAAACCAUCGCCCACAGCUAGGGGCACUACAGAAUGGCCAGUCAACGCCUCAACAGGAGCAGCCUCAAACCCCAAUUUCGCCCAGAAAUGCCAUGAAUCGACAACCUACUGUGUCUGGAAGCUUUUACUAUGCAAACCAAAAUUCACCAAACCCGUCCGCAGAAAGAAGGUUGGGAAGCCAAAAUCGCGUGCAGCAAACACCGUCUCAUUCCGUUGCCGGUCCUGGUCCAGCGGACCAGCCUGCCCAGGGUCCUGUCUACCAAGAUCCCGAGUACCAAUCAAUGAACCCUCGAUACGGCAAAAAUAACGAAAAACCCGUGUGGGGAUUAGCAAAACCCCUUCCACGAGUGGUAAGGCCGGGAAUGCGUCGAGACCAAAAGACCCAACAGCAAGCCUAUGAUACAAACCCUCGCGGCGAGGCAGAACCAGCUCCUGAACUUGGCACAACACCUGGACUCUCAAAAUCUCGGUCAAAUGCUACCAAUAAAACUAAUAAUACCUCUAUACCGCAACAUCCUCCCACAUAUGCCUCCGCGGCCCAACAAGGCUUGCCGCAAAAUAAUGCCGUGUAUGGAACACAACCGGACGGUCUAUUGCGUCCAAUGGAAAGCGAAGUCGGUUGCACAAAUGGUCCAAUACAUGAGGACCAACUGGGUGAGCCAGAGCAAGAAGAAUAUUUGAACAACUGGGUCAAGAUUCGAAACUAUAUGAAAGAACCCUUUGCCGAAUGGCUGGCAACAACAAUUGCUAUUUUUAUUGGCCUCACUGGAACUCUUGCUAUCUCAACAGGCGGAUCAAAUGCCGGUACCAAGCUAUCAGAGCAUUGGUCCUGGGGACUUGGAUCGAUGAUCGGAAUUUACCUCGCUGGUGGUGUCUCUGGUGCCCAUCUAAACCCCGGCAUUUCCAUUGCGCUUUGGAUUUUCCGUGGGUUUCCUGGGCGGAGAUGCUGCUUUUAUGUCAUCGCGCAAGUCCUCGGUGGCUUGACUGCGGCAGGAAUCGCCUACUGCAUCUACCGUGAUUCGAUUAUUGCUUUUGCCCCGACCGCGUCGGCUGGUACAUCUGGCCUUGGGUUUUACACCGAGCCGUUGAGUCAUGUCAGUUCUGUGACUGCGUUCUUUACAGAAUUCAUCGCGGACGCUAUCCUAGUCUGUGUGAUCUUCGCCAUGGGUGAUGAUAGUAAUGCACCGCCUGGCGCGGGUAUGCAUUCCUUUGUCAUUGGGCUCGUCAUCUACGUGCUGUGUAUCUGCUUGGGAUUCAACACAGGAGGGUACGUCAUUGCCCUCAUGGCUGGAUACGGAGGCCAAACAUUCACCGUACGUGACGCAUGGUGGUUUUGGGGAGGCUGGGUGGCUACUAUCAGUGGCUGCUUCUUUGGAGCAACCCUUUACGAUACUUUUAUUUUCAUCGGUGGAGAAUCUCCUAUCAACUACGCACCACGACGACGCCGAAGAGCUAAGCUCAAGGAGGAAACGAAAUGGCGACAGAGACUCGGCAUUGGGAAACACAAAAUCCCUUCUUUGGAAGAUGGAAUUAAGAAGCUCGAAGAUUAA